CCCCUCCACCUGACAUCAACUCCCUGCAUCCCAGACACGCCCCUCCCCAGUUGCCACAGAGACAACCGAAUCAUGGUGGACGUGACCAAAUGGCCGAUGUUCAGCCUGAUGGCGUCCGAGGAGCUGUCGACCAUACGCAAGGCCUGCGUGUUCGGAACCUCCGCCAACGAAGUCAUCUACAUCACCCACGACGACGAGGUGUAUGUGUUUGGUCUGAACUGCAGUAACUGCCUGGGAACAGGAGACAGCCUUAGCAGCAUCACACCCAAGAAACUGGACUUCCUGAGCGGCAGGAAGGUGUUGUGUCUGGCCUAUGGCAGCGGGCCUCACAUCCUGCUUGCCACAGAAGAGGGAGAGCUGUUUGCCUGGGGCCACAACGGCUACAGCCAGCUGGGGAACGGCACCACCAACCAGGGUGUCACCCCGGUCCUGGUCUCCGCCAACCUGCUCAACAAGAAGGUCACUGAGGUCGCCUGUGGCUCCCACCACUCCAUGGCCCUUACGGACGCAGGGGAGGUGUAUGCCUGGGGCUACAACAACUGUGGCCAGGUGGGCUCUGGCUCCACGGCCAACCAGCCCACCCCAAGGAGAGUGUCCAACUGCCUGCAGAGCAAGGUGGUGGUCGGCAUCUCCUGUGGCCAGACCUCCUCGCUGGCGGUGGUGGACAAUGGAGAGGUGUACGGGUGGGGCUAUAACGGGAACGGCCAGCUGGGAUUGGGCAAUAACGGAAACCAGCUGACUCCCUGUCGCCUCUCAUCACUUCAGGGUUCAUGUGUGCAACAGAUAGCCUCUGGCUAUGCCCACUCGUUGGCCCUCACAGACGAGGGGCUGCUGUACACCUGGGGGGCCAACACGUACGGCCAGCUGGGCACAGGCAACAAGAGCAACCAGCUCAGCCCUGUACAGAUCAUGACUGAGAAGGGGAGCAGGAUCAUAGAGAUCGCGGCGUGCCACUCCACACACACGUCGGCGGCUAAGACCCAAAGCGGCCAGGUGUUCAUGUGGGGCCAGUGCCGGGGCCAGUCUGUCGUCCUGCCCCACCUCACACACUUCAGCUGCACGGACGACGUGUUCGCCUGCUUCUCCACCCCCUCCGUCAUGUGGCGGCUGCUCUCCAUGGAGCACGACGACUUCCUGACUGUGGCAGAGACUCUGAAGAAGGAGUUUGAUAGCCCGGAGACCGCUGACCUGAAGUUCAGUGUGGAAGGCAAAUACAUCCACGUCCACAAGGCUGUGCUCAAGAUCAGAUGUGAACACUUCCGCUCCAUGUUCCAGUCCCACUGGAACGAGGACAUGAAGGAGGUGAUAGAGAUCGACCAGUUCUCCUUCCCCGUGUACCGCGCCUUCCUGGAGUUCCUCUACACCGACACCGUGGACCUUCCCCCGGAGGACGCCAUUGGUCUGCUGGACCUGGCCACAUCCUACUGUGAGAACCGUCUAAAGCGCCUGUGUCAGAACCUCAUCAAGCGAGGCAUCACCGUGGACAACGCCUUCUCCCUGCUCGCCGCCGCCGUCCGCUACGACGCAGAGGACCUGGAGGAGUUCUGCUUCAAGUUCUGUGUGAACCACCUGACAAAGGUGACCCAGACCACGGCUUUCUGGCAGCUGGACGGCAACAUGCUGAAGGAGUUCAUCUGUCGAGCCAGCCGCCACGGAGCCUUCAAGAACUGACCUGAGGUCGGCCCUGAGACUGGGGAGUCCGGGGCCCUAGGGGGCCUGGGUGCCUGGGGGGUCUGGGGCCCUGGGGGGUCUGGGGCGCUGGGGGGCCGGGAGAGACAGUCAGUCACAGGACAUUUGUUGUCUGUUCCGGGAGCUGGUGUUGUGUGAUGGGCUCUGUUGUGCUCGGUUCUGCUUGGCUACAUCUAGAGCAGGCAGGACUGGACGUCUGCAUACCACUGCUUCACUGGACUGGACGUCUGCAUACCACUGCUUCACUGGACUGGACGUCUGCAUACCACUGCUUCACUGGACUGGACGUCUGCAUACCACUGCUUCACUGGACUCUCCUGAUCUGGCUGUGACGUUCACCUGUAGUUCAUGAUACUCACAGUCUCCCCCUGCUGGUGAACAGUUUUAGACGACGCAAGAGUUUUUCCUGGGGAAAACCCAAAUCUUAAUAUUCAGAUGUUAUCAUCUAAUGUUUCACAUCAUUCUACAACACAACCAGUAUUUUCUAUCACAUAGGGGACUAGAAUAGCAAAUCAGGCAAACAUAAAACAGCUUUGCCAGUAUUUUGCUUCUUCUUUCAGGCCUCAUGGAGUGCAACUGCUUCAUAUUUCCGUGCUUUCGCUUGGUAAUUCGGUAGGGGUGGGGGGAAAAAAAUCGAUUCACAUAUGAAUCGCAAUUCAGUCUUCUAGCAAUUCACAUUGAUUCAAAGAUUUCCAAAUGCAAUUUUCUAUCUUUUAUUUUUUAUGUAAGCAUAUAUUGAAAUUAAAUUUGAUAAAAAAUGGUGACCCCAAAAAUCGAUUCGAAUCGAAUCGUGACGUACCAAAAGAUUCCCACCCCUAAUAGACGGUAAGCUGUACAUUUCUGUUUCAUAUUUAACCUUGUUGCUGAAAUAAAUAAAAGUAUUAAAGAAAAGUCAA